CCCAAAAUGAAACCUAAGGGUAGCAUUAAGAAAUUUUCUGGUGUGUCUAAGAAAAAUUUGGGUAACAUUUCGUUUGAUGAUGCUUAUUUUGGGAAGGAUUCUCACUCGGACUCAGGGGUUAGUCGCUCUUCUUCUGGGGCUGGGGACAGCCAUAGUGACUGUGAUGAAGGUGAGAAACAGGGGUCAGAGUCAAUUCCUGGGAUUGAUUUAAAAAUGCUGGGAGGUGUGUGUGCUGGUUCGGUUGCUGGUGGAAGUACUGAUGGCGAAAUUCUUGGGGAAGUGUCUAAAGGGAGGUGUGUGUGCUGGUUCGGUUGCUGGUGGAAGUACUGAUGGCGAAAUUCUUGGGGAAGUGUCUAAAGGGAGGUUGGCUGGUCUGCAGGUGAUCAGGGAAGUCGAAGCCGAUCUUGUAGCCCUCUAGCAUUUCGGGAUUCUCAAAUGGAGGUGGCCUCAAAUGGGGGUGGGUAGUGAUGCUCCUAGCCUGGGGUUCAGGGAGCUUCAACCGCCGGUGAUAGCAGCGAGCAAUCCUUCCACUUUGGGAUGGACGCGGGUCAGGUAGAUGGGUCAAGGUCUUUGGGCUGGGCUGCCCAUCAAGUUGGUGAUGGGCCUAAGGAUUCCCUUCAAGACAAAGGCUCUAAGGGAUGCCUUUAUGCUGCUGGGCCUGGGAAAUUCUGAGUAAACAUUCAGAUUUGGCCUUUGGGCAGAUUGUCCCUAGUCCUUUUAGCUCUAGUGAGGUGCUUGGUCAA